AUGACUUAAGGCAGCAGCAGUCUGUCUUGAAUCAACUUUUUGGGGCAUGUUAUUAUUUUUAAUUCUAAAAUGUUAUGCAAAUACAGUUAUGUCUUUGCUAAUUAAACAAGAUAUUUGCUUCUCUUUGGUCCUUCCCGGUUGCAGGGGCGAUGAUAUGUUUCCAAAUGGUACACCUAGCUUUCUGGCGAGCGACCAGCUUGACGGGCAGUUUGAUGGUGAAACACAGGAACGUACUCUUGAGUUUGGGCCUGAGGAUGAGGAAGCUAUGGCUGUUGCUAACAGCAUCCUAGCUGGGACCAGUACCUUGCCAGAGGAUAAUCUCAUGAGAGGUAUGACAGCCACUUUACCCGGCAGUGCGGACCUGGACUCGCCCUCCUACAGCAAUCAAGGAACCCUCCCGGCCUACUCCAGGUCCGAAGAGCUCCCCUCGACCUUCUUCAGCCCGGGGACGGGGUACACCAACCACGCCCUCUCGGUGGAUGACGAUCCGGACCUCAAGAGGGAGCUCUCAUCCUCACCGUACCAGACCAAGUCCAACCCCCUCAUUGACAGGGAUGAGGAUCGCUCAUAUACGAACUCUGAGGCCUCUACUCCAUCCAUCCCAUCUAAAUCAACCUCCCCGUCAGGGACCUUUGACCCUCGGAAGCCCUACCCCGGCAGUCUAGCCGACUCUCAGACCCACAAUGACGUCCAUCUCCUCCGGAUGGGGCGAGCUGACUCCCGACCGAGCUCCAUCGACAGCGGACACCAGUCCUUGGAUCGAGGGGCCAAGAAGGGCAGCGCCGCUAGCACCCCCAUUAAGGUGCCCCCUCCGGUCGCCCCAAAGAUGAAACGCCCCGGUGCCUUUGGGAACAUCCCGCCCAACAGCGAUGAAGAGAACAGCAGCGAUAAGAUUCUCGAUGAGUUCCUGGAUGACCAGUUCACCCCGCUCGUCCCAGCAUCAGAGAUAUCUUCCUACACGUACACCGUCUCUCCCUCCAGCACUCCCCCGAACCCAAGGAGGGCUGCACCCGUACUAAACUCCUCCUAUGACGUGACUCCACAGGAUAUUGAUGUUUCAGGGAUGUCUGGGACCAGCGAAUCACUACAAGAGAAUGAUCUAUCAUCUGAACAGUGGGAAGCCAGUGAUGUAAUGACAACAAACCUUUGAGGAACCCUUCCAGAUGUUACGAUUUAAUCAUGCUGCAAGUCUAUUGCAGGAUGCUUUUAAACAGAUUGAAUUCUUGAAAUGCAGCAAUUUUAUAAAUGUCUCUUCAUCUGGAUAAAUUCUAAUAAGCACUUUUCUGUGCAUUAAAAAUUAUCUCUGUUUGCUCAAUUGAAGGUCUUUAUAACAAGAGCAUUCCUAAUAGUUUGUGAGGGGAAAUUCCCUUGUAAAUUCCUUUGUGCCUGACACUUGACAAUAGACCUAUAGGACCCAUUUCACAAAGCCUUAUUUUAAUGACAAAUGACAAAAAUCAGUGACAAAUCUGCUGAUAACCAAACAGAA